AUGCCUGCGAUUGAUCGAACUGUUGUUGUUGAACUUCUUCUGCUACUAUCUUGUAAUCUAGUUGAGUCUCCGCCAUGGGACCUCUGUCCUGAAUACCAGCAUGACUUUGGCCACUGCGAGAAGUUGUAUGAAAAAUGCUUGGAAGAGACCCCAGAACUCGUCGAUUGCCCACUUGAUAGAAGAAUUUGCUACGAGCAAAUCGGCGUAAAAGGAGAGGGUUGCAAGUAUAUCGUGGAGAAUGCACGUAAAGAGAAGAACGUUUCACUUGUGACGAGAGAUUCAGUGGUAAAAUAUCUAGAUUCAACAAUGAUGAAAGAUCUCUAUUACACGAUCCAAGAUCUCAGAUGCUCGUCAUUAGACAGAGAAUAUAAUGAAACACUGAGGAAUGUGAUCUCCAAAAGACAAGCGACAGGUGAAUUCGUACAGACCAAAAUUGCAAACGCUAUGGCAUGUAACGAAUUCAUAAAACAAAAACCUCAAAUUGCUACUUUGAAAACAAAGUUAAUCAAAUCGGAUAGAGACACAUUCCAUCAGAUGCCUAUAUCAUUUGACCAGUGGAGAUGUGGAUGGUCACUUGGAGACAUAGCACGAGUGAUUCUGAGAAGAACAGCACUUAUUGCGACACCGAGUUCUGCUAUCCACUUCAACCAUUGCUGUGCAAUCCAUAUGGACUGCUACUACAGCAGAAAAGAUCGAACAGAUUGUGAUAAAAAGUUUCAGAUUUGCACAGAGGAUGUGGUGCAAUCAUUAAAAGGACAAAAAUCAGGUGUCAGAGUACUUAAAGAAAUCCUCACUGAGAUCAUCGCAUGGGACGGCGACGCUGCUUAUGAGUUCGCAAAGACGAUAGUGACAAAGUACAGAACUUACUCGGUAGAAAUGAAUAGCUGGUUUACUGGGUUCAGUGCUUCGGAUUCUGUUAUCUAUCUUGUUCUACCCACCCGAAAAUAUGAGAAACAGGACAAGAAGAUGAUAGAAAACGCCUACGGGAGCUGUCCAUUGAACAAUAUUGAAUCAUCUUCUUAUUAUACUGAAUUCAUCAACUGCGAUAUUUAUUCUGAUGAUUCUCAGGAAGAUUGCUACAUUUCGCUCAAAGAACGAUUUUCAAACAUGAAACAAGUGGAUAAAAAGUGUUCCGAUGCAAUUCUAGAAGUCAAGAAAACUCUGGGACCACAAGAACCAUCAUGGCUUUAUUCCACGGCUAAAUUCCUUCUCAGUUACUUGGAACAUGUAUAUGUAAAACUGGUUCUUGAAGUUAUUUUCUUGAUUUCUAUGGGAUGGAACUUCUAUAAAUUCGUUCGUCCACACGCUGGACGAUUUUUCUGUGCCGUUUUUUCGUAUUGCUCACAAUGCAUGGCAGCUCGGAGACCAAGUGGAGAGCGGCCUAAUGAGAGAGAUGCCGAUGGACCUGAACAAGUGCAGAUUCUAAAUGAACACUUGUAA